UGAAUUCAAAAUAUGUAGAGUGUCUGUAGAUUAAUGGAAAACAGCCAGUCCGGAGGGCUUCCAAGUGUACAAUCUGGAAUACAGUUGAAUAUACAGUCGAAUGUGAAGGAUGAACUUUUUCCUUCUGGUGAGUCUGAUGCUUCAGAUGUAAAGAUUACAAGUCAUGAACUAGCUGCUACCUUCAGGAGAAAGAUGGUAAAGAUAGAUCAGCUGCUGAACAAUAGACUUGCAGAUGACCGGCAUAGACAUCAGCUACAUGACCGGGCUAUCAAACUUCGGCAUCAUUAUUCUGAAAUGGAGGCCUGUGAUAAGAUAAUGGCUUACGGGUUUAUUGUUAUUCUUCUUCUUUGUUCAGGGUUCCUUUGGUUUAUCAAGGUAAAGUUGGUUUUAAUUACAGGACGUCCCAAAAAACGAUCUUUAAGACAAGUGCCCGGUGUUGCCCGUGGAUUUAAAAAAAUAAAACUUGAGUAAAAAAUUGAUUUUUGA